CGCUUCAACUUGUUCUUUUUUUUCAUCGCAGGAUAAUUAAGCUUAGGAAUCGCUUUCCGGGAAGGCGUCUUGAAUCGUCGUAAGAAGUUGCCGAAUCGAAGCCUAACUAACCAGAGAACAUUGGGAUCAUGCGGCUGACGGAGAAAAGAUCGUGCAGCAUCAACAUCUUCUGGAUCCUCGCCGGACUCCUCAUUUCCUGCGUUGUUGUCGCCAGCGCUCUGGACUUGGACAAUUUCGACCGCAUGACGAGGAAUAGGAAACGUGCGGGAAGCAGCACAGAGCUUCCGGAAAACAAGACCAUUUUUCGCAUCUACAUUCGUCCGACGACAGGACUUCCGCGGGAAUUCUCGCGAGUGAUAAUCAUGUAG